AUAAUUUCAAACUUUACCAACAUCACAAAAAUAAUUUAAAAAUUUAAAUACAUACCAUAAAUAAAUAUUGUAUAGACUGUGCAAGUGAGCUAGCGUAAGAAAGACCGCGUUCUUUAUUUGAUUUUGUUUUUUUUCUUAAUUUCCCGGCCGCUGCAGUGAAAAUGGGUUUGAAGUCUGAUGAUGACAAAAGGCCGAGCAAAUUGGCGAUCAUGGAUGACGACGUUUCGGAUAAGCCAAGUGGCCUCGGCACCCGUCACUGGGUGACCUUCAUGUUGUUCCUUGGUAUGGCAAACGCCUACAUCAUGAGAACAAACAUGUCCGUCGCAAUUGUAGCUAUGGUGAAUCACACGGCUCUGCCCGUCAUCUCAGAGCCGACAGACACUGAAUGCGGAGUUCUUAUUGGCAACGAGACCCAUGCGUCGACACAAGAUGGUUCGUUCGUUUGGAGUUCUACGCUGCAAGGUUACAUCUUAUCCUCAUUCUUCUAUGGAUACGUUAUCACACAGAUACCCUUCGGAAUCUUGUCUAAAAGGUUCGGAGCCCGUUACUUCUUGGGUAUUGGUAUGUUGGUGAACUCAGUGUUCGGUCUGUUAGUGCCGGUCGCUGCUGAAGCUGGCUUCGAAUGGCUCAUCCUGGUCCGAUUCAUUCAAGGUUUGGGCGAGGGACCGAUCGUUCCUUGCACACACGCUAUGUUGGCCAAAUGGAUUCCGCCUAACGAGAGGAGUAGGAUGGGAGCCGCCGUAUACGCCGGUGCACAAUUCGGUACGGUUAUCUCCAUGCCGCUGUCUGGUCUUCUGUCAGCAUACGGUUUCUCUGGCGGUUGGCCAUCCAUCUUCUACGUUUUCGGUCUCAUCGGUACUGUCUGGUGCCUCGCUUUCUUGUUCUUCGUCUCCGAAGACCCAGAACAGUGCCCCAGCAUAAAGGAGGCUGAGAAGAAGUACAUCUUGAGCUCUCUAUGGGGUGCCGCUGGAUCCAGCUCACCACCAAUUCCCUGGAGCAAGAUUCUGCUGUCAACACCUUUCUGGGCUAUCAUGUUGGCACAUAUGGGACAGAACUACGGUUACGAGACCCUCAUGACAGAGCUGCCAACCUUCAUGAGACAAGUGCUGCACUUCUCUAUCAAGGAUAACGGUUUCGUGUCCGCCCUCCCUUACCUGUGCAUGUGGCUGUUCUCCAUGUUCAUCUCAGUGGUCGCCGACUGGAUGUUGUCCAGCGGACGGUUCAACCACACGCAAGUCAGGAAAGUCAUCAACAGUAUUGGUCAAUACGGCCCAGCAGCUGGUCUGUUUAUCGCCGCGAACACUGGUUGCAACCCUGCUGCCACCGUCGCCAUCUUGGCUGUAGGUGUCGGUCUCAACGGUGGUAUCUACUCUGGUUUCAAGGUUAACCACUUGGACAUCUCACCGCGUUUCGCCGGUGUCUUGAUGGCGUUCACCAACUGCUUGGCCAACUUGACUGGUCUGCUUGCGCCCAUUGUUGCUGGAUACAUCAUUGAGGGCAGGCCCACUCAAGCGCAAUGGAAGAAAGUAUUCUACAUCGCUGGCGGUGUGUACAUCUUCUGCGCCACAUUCUACAACGUAUUCGCUUCAGGCAGAAGACAAGACUGGGACAACCCUGCUGAUGACGAGGCUAAUGCCAAGAAAGCAGCCGAUAAGAAAGCCAUCAAACAAGAGAAGAAAGCCGCCAAGAAUCAGAGCCAAGCGGAAACAGCGCAAUAGGAGUUAAAAAGUUGAGAAACAGCAACGAAUACAACUGUUUGAAGUUUGACUCAGUAUGACUUGCAACGCUGCGCCCUACCGUAUUUUAACUCAAAUAAUUAAAUACCGACGUAGGGGCGGACAAGUUGCAAAACGUAAUGUGUCAAAUGUUAUUAAAUUGUUAGAUAAAUCGAGCGGUGCACGCGUCGAUACACUUGUAAAAAGUAUUUUAUAUAAUGUUUCCCACGCCUUUUUAAAAUGGCGGUUGUGUUUGUUGGCUACGUUCGGCCCAACGCGAGCUCCACGUAUUUUUAGGGUGAGACUGUGUAGGUGUGUUGCAAAUUAUUUUAGUUGUUAAUAUUUUAUUUUAAUUGAACUUUAGAUAUGACUGUUAAUGUUUCUGAUUACAAAUGGUGGAUUAAACUUUUAUAUUCCGCAGUCUUUACACCUGUCUACUGUAUUUUUUUAAAUGCAAUGAGACGCACAUCAAUAGGGC